GUGAGACUGGCCCUCAUGAACGCCGAGUACUUCAUGAACAACGUGAAGAACAACGACUACGUGAAGGACAACGACGACUGCAAGCCCAUCAUCAUCAACGCCCUGAAGGCCAUGUACGACCUCAACAUGAACGGGCCGUCCAGCUCGGACUUCCGCAACCCGCUGACCCGGCCCCGGCUGCCCUUCUCCAUCCUCUUCGCCAUCGGCGGCUGGAGCGGCGGCAGCCCCACCAACGCCAUCGAGGCGUACGACGCCCGCGCCGACCGCUGGGUCAAUGUCACCUGCGAGGAGGAGAGCCCGCGGGCUUACCACGGCGCCGCCUACCUCAAGGGCUUCGUCUACAUCAUCGGCGGCUUCGACAGCGUCGACUACUUCAACAGCGUCAAGCGCUUCGACCCGGUGAGGCGGGCGUGGCAGCAGGUGGCCCCCAUGCACUCCCGCCGCUGCUAUGUCAGCGUCACCGUCCUCGACAGCUUCAUCUACGCCAUGGGCGGCUUCGACGGCUACGUGCGCCUCAACACGGCCGAGCGCUACGAGCCCGAGACCAACCAGUGGUCGCUGAUCGCGCCGAUGCACGAACAGCGCAGCGACGCCAGCGCCACCGUGCUCCACGGCAAGGUCUACAUAUGUGGAGGAUUCAAUGGGAAUGAGUGCUUGUUUACGGCUGAAUUCUACUCUCCAGAAACCAACCAGUGGACAACCGUAGCACCCAUGAGGAGCAGGCGUAGCGGUGUUGGUGUUAUAGCUUACGGUGAAUGUGUGUAUGCAGUGGGAGGUUUCGAUGGUGCUAACCGUCUGCGGAGUGCCGAGGCCUACAGUCCGCUCACCAAUACUUGGCGCACGUUGCCCACCAUGUUCAACCCCCGCAGCAACUUUGGCAUUGAGGUGGUGGACGACCUACUGUUUGUCGUGGGUGGCUUCAAUGGCUUCACGACAACGUUCAACGUGGAGUGCUACGACGAGAAGACGGACGAGUGGUACGAUGCCCAUGACAUGAGUAUCUACCGCAGUGCCUUGAGCUGCUGUGUGGUGCCGGGCCUGCCCAACGUCAGGGAGUACGCAGCACCCAGAGACAAUCUACUUGGAUUAUUGUCCCGCGAGGAACAAAUAAAAUAUUCUGCUUCUACCAGUAUUUUAGCAGUAUGAUCUCUGAAACGACAACUUGAUUACUCUUUUUGCUGUUACCAAUAAAAUAUUUUCCUGAAGAAUCAACUGUGUAAUAACCAUAAGUACAACUUAUUUUUAAAUAAAAUUUUUUAGAAACUUGUUGAGAUUGGUAUGACUAUAUACAGAGCUAAAUGUGGAGAAGCAGCCCAAGGAACACAGAGAGCAAAGAGCGUCGGAAUUCUGAAAAUUAAACUAUUGCUUUCAGGACCAAUUAACAGGGCACAGAUCAGGGAGAAUGAGAGAUUCUAUUCACCAUCAAUUCCUCACAAAGGAGAAGGCAAGAUGACUUCUACGUACUAGAGAAGUGAUAUCAUUUGUACCAUGGGUAAGGAAAGGAAAACGGAGUGUAGGAUGUUAUUUAUAGUCCAAGAGGUCGAGGUCUAAUUGAACAAGUAUGUGACAGUAGAUAAUUAUCAUCAGUAGUCUCGAUGUGGGGGUAUAGCUCAGUGGCAGAGCAUUUGACUGCAGAUCCAGAGGUUCCUGGUUCAAAUCCGGGUGCCCCUUCGUUCGCACAACGCUUUUCAGCAGCAGUGGCCUGGUUUCAAUUAGCUGUCGCUGUCCUGUAAAGGGUUUGUACGUUCCCAGUUUCCUCCGGGUGCUCUGGUUUCCUCCCACAUUCCAAGGGUAUACAGGUUAGUAGGUUAAUUGGUCAUGGGUGGUGUGGGCUCGUUGGGCUAUGAGUCUUUUACCGUACUGUAUUUCUAAAUGAAGUUGGAAUGAGGUGUGUUCGUUUGUUAUGUGCUGUGGGUGAUCACAGUCACUCCAAUGAUGGUUCUUGGCAAAUUUUUUUACUGAAGUGGUUUGCCAUCGCCUUCAUCUGGGCAGUGUCUUUACAAGACAGGUGACCCCAGCCUAAUAUUAUCAAUACUCUUCAGAGAUUGUCUGCCUGGCGUCAGUGGUCGUAUAACUAGCAGAGGUAAGGAGCACCUUUCACCUCCUUUGAUAAAGGAUGUAUCUCCACCCUGCCAAUGAGGUAUGAGGGUAAAAAAAAAUAAUUUGCACCAAGAGUAUAGUAUUGCUGAGGGUAAGUCCAAUGUAGGGUGAUAAAUUAUGAAGACAAUGCAGUUAAUUUUCCUUAAUUAGUAGAUGCUUCAGUGGAUUUAGUAAAACAGUUAGUGCGUUUAUGGAGUACAAAGCAAACGGAUUGUAAAGCAGAUUUGUUACAGCAGCAAUUUUCAACAAACUACCUAAUCUGAACAAGAGGUCGGCAUUGGAAAAUGAAAAUCUGCCAACUCUGGGCUCACGGCGACUAGAAACAUAGAAAAUAGGUGCAGGAAUAGGUCAUUCGGCCCUUUGAGCCUGCACCGCCAUUCAGUAUGAUCAUGGCUGAUCAUCCAACUCAGAACCCUGUACCUGCUUUCUCUCCAUACCCCCGAUCCCUUUAGCCACAAGGGCCAUAUCUAACUUCCUCUCUAACUAGCAUGAUGAGUUUGUGAAAGAUUUUUUUUAUCUUUUAGAAUAGGUUUUUUUCUCUCACAUGUACACUGAAAUGUACAGAGAUAGUAUGACACUUGUCACAACGGCAAACACAGUCUGAGGAUGGCUGAAGAUGCCUUCAUGAAUCAAAGUAUUAAGUGCAGGAGACGGGAUGUUAUGCUGAAGUUGUACAAGAUGUUGGUGAGGCCUAAUUUGGUGUAUUGUGUGCAUUUUUAGUCGCCUACCCACAGGAAAGAUGCACACAAGGUUGAAAGAGCACUGAGAAAAUUUAUAAGGAUGUUGCUGGGUCUGAAGGACAUGAGUUACAAGGAAAGAUUGAAUAAGUUAGGAUUUCAUUCCUUAGAAUGUAGAAGAUUGAGAUGAGAUUUGAUAAAUGUAUAUAAACAGCUGACAUGGACCACCAACACCUCGCUGCUUGUAAAAACAGACACAACAAAGAUUCCUCUUUCUCAGAAAGCUGAAACAGGCCAAACUCCCACAAAAGCCGUUGCUUAACUUCAACAGAAGCGCGAUUGAAACCAUCCUGACCAACAGCGCCACCGUGUGGCGUGCCAGCUGCACAGCCACUGAGCGACAAGACCUGCAUUGCGUGGUGAAGAUGGCCCGGUGAAUUGUCAGGAUGGAGUUCCCAGGACCGGACACCGUCUACUCCAGCAGACUCAGGAGGAAAGCAAUCAGCAUAACCAGAGACACCACACACCCCGGCCACUCCCUGUCUGACCCGCUGCCGUCCAGCAAAAGGUUCAGGACACUGAAAGCCAGAACAAAUAGACUGAGGGACAGCUUCUACCCCAGAGCUGUGGCCUCCAUCACACCACUCCCACAGAACAGUGACUGAAACUGUGAGCACACACAAGGACUCAAAUACUUGCACUAACAGCACUUUGUGCAUUACUGUGAUAUUCUGGUGCUGCUGCAACUUAUUUUCUGCUACUUAUCUAUUUAAUACUGUUUUUCUAUCAUUGUCUUGGUUUUAAUCUACCGCUUUGUUUGAUUGCCCGAGAGGAAGCCAAACAGAGUUUCAUUGUACCUGUGUGUAAUGACAAUAAAUAUCAUUCAAUUCAAUAAAAUUGUGAGGGGUAUAAGACCAUAAGACAUAGGAGCAGAAUUGGGCCAUUUGGCCCAUCGAGCCUUCUCUGCCAUUUCAUCAUGGCUGAUCCAUUUUUUCCUCUCAGCCCAGUCUCCUGCCCUCCCCCAGUAUCCCUUCAUACCCUGGCCAUAACAACCUCUGUCAUAACGACUUGGCCUCCACAGCUCCACUGCCCCACCACUCUCAGGCUGAAGAAAUGCCUCAUCAUCUCUGUUCUGAAAGGACGGUCCUUUAUUCUGAGUCUAUGUCCUCUAAUCUUAGACUCUCCCAUCAUAGGAAACACAUCCAUUACUGGCCUUUCACUAUUUGAUAGGUUUCAAUUAGGUCACCCCCAUCCUUCUGAAUUCCAGAGAAUACAGGCCCAGAGACCAAACGCUCUUCAUACGACAAGCCACUCUAUCCUGGAAUAAAUCCUUUGAACCCUCUCCAGUUUCGGCACAUCCUUUCUAAGAUGAGGGGCCCAAAACUGCUCACAAUACUUCAAGUGAGGCUUCACCAGUGCUUUAUGAAGUCCUUGCUUUCAUAUUCGAGUCCCCUUGAAACGAGUGCCAACAUUUGCCUUCCUCACCACAGACUUAGCCUGCAAGUCCAUGUUUAGAGAAUCCUGCACGAGGACUCCCAAAUCCCUUUGCGCCUCAGGUUUUAGUAUUUUCUCCCCAUUUAGAAAAUAGUCAACCCUCUCAGUUCUUUUACCGAAGUGCACGACCAUACACUUCCCAACACUGUAUUCCAUCUGCACUUCUUUGCCCAUUCUCCGAAUCCAAGUUCUCGUGAAGCCUAUUUCCUCAAAACUACUUGGUCCUCCACUUACCUUCAUAUUGUCUGCAAACAGUUCCAUCAUCCAAUGUAAUAUACGUUAAAAAAUAUCAGCCCCAACACAGACCCCUGUGGAACACCGCUAGUCACUAGCAGCCAACCAGAAAAGGCUCCCUUUAUUCCCACCUCCUGCCAGUCAGCCGGUGCUUUAUCCAUGCUAGAAUCUUCCCUGUAAUACUAUGGGCUCAUAGCUUGUUAAGCAGCCUCAUGUGCGGCCCCUGGUCAAAGGCCUUCUGAAAUUCCAAGUACACCACAUCUACUGCAUCUCCUUUGUCUAUCCUGCUUGUUACUUCUUCAAAGAAUUCCAACAGAUUUGUCAGGGAAGAUUUUCCCAUGCUGACUACAACCUAUUUUAUCACGUGCCUCCAAGUAACCUGAAACCGUAUCCUAAACAAUCGAUCCAUUAGCUUUCCAGCCACUGAGGUCAGAUUAACUGGCCUAUAAUUUCUUUUCUUCUGCCUCUCUCCCUUCUUGAAGAGUGGAGUGACAUUCGUAAUUGUCCAGUCUUCCAGAACCUUGUGAUUCUUGAAGGAUCAUUACUAAUGCCUCCACAACCUCUUCGGCCACCUCCUUCAGAACCCUGCAGUCCAUCUGGUCCAAGUGACUUAUCUACCUUCAGACCUUUCAGUUUCCCAAGAACCUUCUCCCUAGAAAUGGUAACUUCACACACUUCAUGAAACUUGGUACUUCCACCAUCCUGCUAGUGUCUUCCACAGUGAAGACCGAUGCAAAAUAUUUAUUCAGUUUGUCCCCGUUACUACAUCUCCAGCAUCAUUUUCCACUCUCACCUCUUUUAUACUUUAUGAAUAUUAAGAAUUUUUUGGUAUUCUCUUUAAUAUAACGGGCUGGCUUACUUUCCUAUUCCAUCUUUACCUCCUUUAUGACUUUUUAGUUGGCCUCUGUGCUUCAUAGUCCUCUAACUUCCCACUAAUAAUUUUGUUCUAUUGAAUGCUCCCUCUAUGGCUUUGACUUUACUUGUUAGCCAUGGUUGCAUCAUCUUGCCUUUAAAAUACUUCCUCUUUCGGAUGUAUAUACUGUAUCCCGGACCUUCCAGAAAUUCCAGCCAUUGCUGCUCUGCUGUCAUCCCUGCCAGUGUUCUUUUCCAAUCAGUUUUGCCAACUCUUCUCUCGUGCCUCUGCGAUUCUCUUUACUCUACUGUAAAAUUGAUACAUCUGACUUUAGCUUCUCCUCAAAUUUCAGGGGGAGUUUGAUAUUACGAUCAUUUUCUCCAAAAGUUACUUUUACCUUAAGCUCUCUAAUCAAUUUCAGUUCAUUGCACAACACCCAGUUCAGAACAGCUGAUCCCCUACGGGCUCAACCAUGAGCUGCUCUGAAAAGCCAUCUCGUAGGCAGUCUAGAAAUCCAGCA